AUGGAGGAGGAAGAGAACAACCAGCUGGCCUUCCUGGAUGACCUCGUAUGCCGCAAGGAUUGUGGUGGACUAAAGACCAAAGUGUUCAGGAAAGCGACAAAUACGAUGCAAGUAAUGAACUUGGCGGAAAGCUGUGUGGUGAUAGAGUUUGGCCUGUGGUGGUUGCGUAUGAUCGACAGACAAACGUAGUGACUGAACUGACUGAUAAAACUGCAGUCAAGGUUUCAUUUAUGUCGUUAGUUCACAAUCUUUCAAGCCGCGAAUUUGAACAUGCCAAAACAGAUUUUAAACGUGUCACAUUUAUUAUAAUGAUGAAUGCCCUGAGUGGACCUACUGUAGACGCAACGCCUUCAGUCACACACACCUCUCAGCCAUGCCUCUCAUCCAUUCCGCUUUCUGCCCGAUAUAGGUCCAGCCUGGUCCUACACAAACAGCCAAUCAAAUCCCAACACCUGGAACCGUAUUAGCCCCACAAUGUGUUCAGGAUGGGCCCAGUCGCCGAUCAACUUGGAUUCCCAGAAUGCCACCUAUUUGGGCGAAAGUAGCGAUGCCGAGGUCGAUAUUGUUGUGCAGAGCACAGAGGGCCCGUCGUCAUUCACCGCUAUAAACAAUGGGCAUUCCUGUAAGCCUCAACCCCUCCCUUUCCCCCCUCCUCCAGUAACUCUUGGUGAGCCCUGUCAUUCCUGGUUAAACAUAGAAGUUUAAUGCCCAAAUUAUUUGGUCAUCCCAGCGCGUGAACGACCUGUGCGUUUUAAGCCAGCCAUUGAAUCAUGGCCUUGUCGCACUGCUGCACUGUCGAUCCGAAAGUCCAAGCACUCUUUGCCGGAACGCUCAAAUCAUCCGCUGAACAUCUCCAACUGGCCUCACGCAUACCGGCGCUUUUAAGGGCAACGGUAUAGAGAACGACCCCGCUUACCUGUCAGUAGACUAUGGAUCGUGUCAUGCGGAGUUUUAUCUUGGCAUUUGCAGGCUGUUGCAGAAACUACACUGCCAACGUAGAUCACUUCCCAGGACCUCCCACCUUAACUCAAAAUCCAUCAUUUUGUGAAAUUUAUUUUUUGUUUAUCGUUUAAUUACUACUCCCAUUUACGUUGUCGUACAAUAGCGUAGGAUAAGACUUCCGGCAUAAAUCCAGGAGAUUUCUGUGUUUUCUUUCCUUUUGUCAGCUUACUGUUUAGCGUGCUACCCCAUCCAUAAAACUCCCUUUACCAUAAAUCACGUAUGGCACGAUUCACAGUCUACUGACAGUUAAGUGGGGCCAUUCUCUAUACCGAUGCCCUUUUAAGCACUCCAGUCACCAUUCAGGGCAUUUUCUCAUUCUUGACGUGUAGUGCUUUCUAGCUAUUUAUUAAAUUUAGAUUAAUAGAGAAAUUAAACUCCACGGAACUCAAUAGAUGAGAGUUCAGAGCCUUCUCACUGUACCCACAUGGGACUAUACAUUUUUCUUCUAUUUAGCUUCUGAGGCUGGCUGUACUAGUAAAGUUCGUUUUUACAACCUAACUUCUGGUUAAUGGGAUACCAUACUAACAGCACAAGUAAUAGCCAAAAGCCCGUACACCCGUGUUCCGCCGAUAUUCUGUCGCUGCAUGACACAGCUGCGAGGGGUCCGACUCGCCAGUGGGUCCCCCAGCAUUUCUUGUCUACUUUCUGGUAGAUACUCCAAUUUAGAACUUGUUGCUUUUUAACUCCUCUAGAAAUGAUCUGUAAAGUUUGAGUAGAUGAGCAUAUUCUAGGUCUAUCGACGCAGCUGGAAAUCUUUAUGCAUGAAUCGGACAGAAAAUUUAUCGGAGUGAACAUGCCUCCGGCCUCUUAAAGUUGUGCUGGCCAGCAGCGACCAAGCCAAUCUCAUUCUUUUCAGACGUUUUAGGAUUAAAGGCUCCAACUUAAGUGGUUUUUUUCAACCGGACUAAUCCUCGUAAACUAGUUCUGGAACUAAGAAAGAGGCUCAGCGAAGGGGAGGACCAUCUAAUUAUAUACGAAAACCAACUCAGGCGAUGUCCGUCAUUCUUCCUUUGGAUAGGCCCGGUCCGAAUAACCGUGCAGCAGACAUAUUAAGUGCAACCAUAUCUUUCCUCAACAGGAUAUAAAAAUUUUUGACCAUCAACGUGCGGAGUUUGCUAUCAAAGUUCAACGAGCUAAACAUAUACCCCCAUGAUUUAUACCCUGACGUAAUCUCUCUAACAGAAACCUGGUUGAUCCAACACGUGGACGACCGUGAGUUGGCCUUGCCUGGCUACCAGCUGUUUAGAAGGGACAGGGAAGGGCGUCAGGGAGGGGUACUCACCUACGUGAAACAUGCAGUAUAUCUUUCAGAGAAAACCGACAAAUAUUCGUGUACUUCCGAGGCAAUGUGGCACUCCGGACUCACCGAGCUUUGAUUUCCUGACAGUCUAUCGACCGCCAAGAAAGGAACAUAUUGCCGAGGCCUCUCCUACUGGAGGAGCUCAAAAUUUUGCUACACGACCGGAUAUCCUUACCAUGGGUGACUAUAACGGCCCACGCAAAUAGCUUAGAACAGACCCUUGAUGGUAGUUUUGUGAACAAAACACUGAAGUUACUUCUCACUCAACACGUCACGUUUUCAAAUAGAGUACGCGAAGGCGAACAGGCCAACUGCCGUGAUCUUGUCCUUACGAAAUAACAGGACAGCAGUACUGAGGUGUCGUGCCUACCCCCCACCCCCCUAGGGAAAAGUGACCACGUCGUUCUACUAUGGGAUUACUCGCCCUCUUCCAUGUCCGAGAGACCCAUGACAGUUAGAAUAAACCUUUGGCACGGGGGAUUUCGGACAAAUGAGGGCUGAAAUUGCACGCAUUGAGUGGAACUCCGCAUUUGCUAAAGACUGGCAGCGGUUGCGAGAAGUAAUGCGCAGACUCAUCAUGACAGUUCGACCAUCGGUUUCGAUGAUGUCCACCGUGUGCCCCACAGUUGCAGCAGCAAUGGGAGCAGGGACGGUGACUUACGCAGGGGUUUAUAGUGCCGGUAGACUUGCGAAGCAUCUACCUACACUCUCUCCUCCUCCCUCGCCCGAGCCCGGUUUCAAGACAGAGCGAAAGCUGUGGAAGAAAUCACAUACUGACAAGAGGCCAACGUCCAUAAAUGCGUACAAAAUUCAAAAGAAUCGAGUCAAGGGCCUAAUCUUCAGGAUGAGAAGAGAAUUCGAACAAGAUCUGCUUAACUUUGUAGCGGAGAACCCCAAAUUAUUCUACGGUUACAUAAGGCAGGGCACGCGAAACAAGGACCCAAUACCACUGCUAAGGACUGCCGAAGGUGAAAAUUCCAUUGAAGAUAGAGUGAAUGCCGAUCAUCUAUCAAAUUUUCUCGGUUUGUUUUCAGUAGGGAAGAUGGAUAUAACCCUCCCACGAGUGACUUCGAAGUUGGCUACAAUCAUUGGGAUCGUCCAGUUCACCGAGGGCACGGUUCUGAUGGAGCUGAUUUAGCAAAAGGAAUCAACAUCACCAGGCUCCAAUGAGAUGCCGACGAAGAUUUUGAAGGAACUCGCUGGCGAGUUGGCUAAACAACUCUCUAUGCUUUUCCAUGCAUCCCUUGAGGCUGGAUGUAUGUCGGAUGACUGGAAAUUAACGUGGACUACGCGGCUGUAUAAGGACUGAGGUCGGGUCCCGGUGAAAAAUUACAGACCAGUCAGCCUCACCCCCAUUUGCUGCAAGAUUAUGGAAAAAAUAAUAAAGCAACAAUGAAUGCAGUUCCUUGAACAAAACCAUCUGCUUUCCGAUUCCCAGCAUUGAUUCCGAAAAAGCAGAUCCUGUGUGACAAACUUGUUCUACAGUCCGGAACACUGAACUCGGGCUGUUGAUAGAGGAGAUAUGGUGCAUACCAUUUAUAUCGACUUUAAAAAGGCCUUCGGCAGUGUGCCUCACCACCGCCUUCUAUACAAACUCAUCCGUACACGAGUGCGAGGUAAGCUUCUGAUGUGGAUUCGAAGUUUUUACUCGGCCGCUCUCAAGCCGUCCACGUCGGUGACCAGCAGUUUGCCGAGGUUGCCGUUAGGAGUGGUGUUCCCCAAGGCUCCGUUCUUGGCUCUACACUGUUCCUCAUAUAUGUCAACGGCUGGGCAAACGAACUGGAUUGUCAUGUCGCAAUGUGUGCUGAUUAUAUUAAGAUCUGGAGUACCAUCCGAAAUGAAGUUGACGAAGCACGGUUGCAGACAAACCCAGAUUUCCUCGAACAAUGGUCGUACGACUGGCUUUUGCCGUUUGACCUAAACAACGGUGACUUCCUACGAAUCGGUGGAAUCAGUUCUCCUAACCGCAAGGUCUACCGCCUGACUGACUGCAAGAAGUCGACGCCUAGGAGGACUCUCUGAGGCCUUCGCUGCACUGCUUAAAGGUAGCCAAGUCGGAGAUGUCCAUCCUAUGCCUCGUCAAACGGGCCAUCUCUUCCUUUGAUGAAGACUGCUUCGCUAAAGUCUUUUGAGCAUUCGUGCGGCCGUAUCUGGAGUUUUAUAUCCAAGCAUGGAGAUCCUGGACCGUCAAAAGCCUUAGCAAAUCCAACGGCGAACAACCAAACUUGUAACAGGACAGGGGUCAAUACCCUAAGAAAUGCUGUCGUUCCAUGAAAGAGCUGCGAAACAUGCGUGUCUGGGCUUUCGGCUAGUACCUUGAUGUUAGUAUGGUAUCCCCUUACCCAAAAUAUAUUACUAACUCGGAAGAUUAAGAUGCGAUUGCUGGAACAAUAAAUUCAUUGGCCUGAAGUUUCGGAUUCUCACUCGAACCCAUCAUCAGAGACAUUCGCAGAUAAGGGUAAUGGUUGCACAAGGAGUGCCGUAUGUAUAGCACGUGGCUGCCGUGGGACCAUACGCGUACUCUAAUUAACAGCUCCCGCAAUCAUCGCUGGGAUGGUAAUGGAUGCGAUGGUGGCUUGUCAGUCCGCGUCCGAGUCAUUAACGGCGAGGAUUUCGUUAUUCGUGUUGGAUGCUGGUGUGACGAUUGCUCGGCAAAUUGGCUCACGGUCACUGGGAUAGUUGCUCGCCCGAGCCCUCCCCACGUGACGCAACAGUGGAAUCAAUCCUCAGCCAAUUGGGAGCGACAGACGAAACGAAGACCCUCAUUCGGCACCAAAAGUCAUCCCUCCUCAUGGCUCAUAGGCCGCGCGACUGCUUUCCAAGGUCGAGCGCGAUGCACUUAAGGAACUCAGGGCCGACAACGACCUCGUUAUCGUGCCUGCUGACAAGGGGCGUUCAACGGUCGUAUUGGACAGGACAGACUACAAUCAAAAAGCCAAAAGCUUGUUGGAGGAUCGUCAGUCCUAUGUCCCAUGCGAAUCCAACCCCAUGAAAACGCUGACACGCGAGAUUAACGCGACGCUGUUGGCAAUGGAGAACUCAGGUGCAAUAUCACCAAUCGACCGAUGCAUGGCGAGAGCACAAGAAACAGCCCUAGCCCGAUUCUACGGCCUCUCAAAAGUGCACAAAGAGGGCUCUCCUCUCCGGUCUAUCGUAUCAUUAAAGGGCACUCCAACCUACGGACUGGCAAAGUGGCUGUUUCGGCGUCUCAUGUUACUGACCUCUGACUGUAACACUAAAGCCAGCUCGUCAACACAGUUCUUAGAGAAACUUAAAGGAGUAAGUGUCCUGCCAAGCGAUGUCAUGGUUUCCUUUGAUGUCAGGUCCCUUUUUACUUCUAUCCCGUAGGACCUGGCAGUCGAGACCAUCGAACUACUCCUACGAGAGAAAUAUGACGAAACGAAGAAUCGUCUCGGACACGCCCAAAUCAUCCAGCUCCUGAAGUUCUGUCUCAAGACGUACUUUACGUUCAAAGGAACAAUCUACGAACAGGUGAAGGGAACGCCAAUGGGUUUGCCGAUCUCGGGACUCAUAGCUGAGGCGGUGCUACAACGGUUGGAAUCGCUGGUUUUCCGAAACCGCAAACCGAAAUUCUUGGCUCGGUAAGUGGGUGACACCUUCGUCUUCAUCGAACGGGAUCAGGUGCUGACAUUCAAAGAACAUAUCAACGCCAUCUUCCUGGACAUCCAAUUUACGAUGGAGGAAAAAGAGAACAAGCAGCUGGCCUUUCUGGAUGUCUUCGUAUGCCGCAAAUAUUGUGGUGACCUAAAAACCGAAGUGUUCAGGAAAGCGACAAGUACGACGCAAGUAUUAAACUUCAGUAGCAACCACCCGAUCAAUCACAAUCGCAUUUGCGUAAGGGCUCUAUACCGGCACGUUGAGACGCACUGUAGUGAAAUGGGAGACAAACUUGCUGAAUUACAAUAUCUUCGACGGGUAAUAAGAGCCAAUGUUUACCCGCGCAACUUUGUAAACCAGUGCAUACGAAAGGGACACCAGAGACCAAAUCUAACCGUCCUUAAAUUUUAGCGGGCUCUUCGGUACGUGAAGAGCGUCUCGGAAGCCGUCAGUCGUAUUCUCACCCCACUUGGAGUUGGGGUUGCACACAGGCCGGAAGCCAAGUCACAAGGCCGAAAGGCCUACUGCCACGGCAGGAAACGUCUGGAGUCGUUUACCGGAUCUAGUGCAGAUGCGGACAAAGCAACUAUGUCGGAGAAACUGGGAGAUUACUCCGUACGCGAAUUGCCGAGCACGCAGCAGCAGUGAGGCGGGGAGACGCUAACUCUCAGGUGGCGGCACACUCGAUGGGACCCGGUCAUAUUUUCAAAUUUAAAGAGGCCGAAAUCCUCGCAAGGGGUGACAACCGCGUGAGCCGCGGGGCCGAAAGACCGUGCAACUGACAAGAAGACGAGCAGAGUAUUAUUACCGACAAAGACAAGAAGACGAGUCCACAACCUGCAGGUGAGUGGCCAAGGAGCCUGACGGAGGCCGGAGUUGCCGUGUGGCUGGCUGAUGAAUCUAAAUAUGCCAGAAAUACCGAAACGGUCGGCCAAUAAAUUUCUUGUUCCAGUGAUCGCAUCUUCGUCUUCUGAACUGCUACCUGGAAAUCGCCUGUUCGCUUCUAUCAGUAUACUACUAACUGCCUGUCGGUAGUUAAUGAAUAUUACUCGGUUACCCGCUGUGGUUGAUGGACAUCAUCCGAAAUAUUCCUACAUAAAUAUUUCGGUCUGCGCAUGUAGACCUCGAAUAUACUUAUCUACUCCAAGUUCGUAGUUAAUUUCUGAGGAAAUUAAAAACCAACGGCCUACCUUUCUCUAUAACUCAAUACCCUUUUAUUUUUCUGACUUAUACAGUGCUCGUCCGCGUUCCUCGGGGAAAAUGGAAGGUAACAUUAAAUGCCAAAGCAAAAAACUACUACGUUGUUGACGGAUAUCAUUUUCACUGGGGAGGUGCGAAUGACAGGGGUUCGGAGCACACUCUGGACGGCCAGUCUUUCCCGCUAGAGGUUUGUCUUUGUCCACUGUUGCAUAUCACUUAUGGCAAACCUUACAUCAGACGUAUUCUCAUGGACAGAACUGAAAAGAAGGACAGAAGAGGGGGAGAAGGGGUUGAAAAUAAAGGAAGGCAAGAUAAUACAGAUCAAACGAUCGCUCCUGUGGCUAACCCCCUUUGUAAUCAGGGCCAGUUCCCCCCGAGAAGACGGACACUAAAGGUGCUGUAUUCGAAUGUGCAGAGCCUGUUUAACAAGAUGGAUGAACUCAGGACUCUGAUCGACGAGCACACGCCAGAUAUCAUCGCCUUGACAGAAACAUGGCUUUCUGAAGCUAUUGGAGACCAUGAGGUAUCCCUCAGAGGCUGCCAACUGUUCAGAAGAGACAGGAGAAGCCGAGGAGGAGGGGUCGCUGUCUAUGUUAGCUACAACCUAACCGCGGUCCCCGAGCAUAAUCCAACAACAACAGCGAAAGUCGAAUUCCUAUCUUUAACUAUCUCCACCAAAUAUGCCAGGCCGCUGGCGUUUGCAGUUGUGUAUCGUCCCCCAAACCAGAUUUCCGAACACGAUAGCCUUCUCCUAAGGGAACUGAGCAAGACCUGCUCGAACAGAGACGUCCUUAUUGUAGGGGACUUUAACGCCCCCAAUAUCGACUGGCAAGCUUGGACGGUUGCGGGUCCAUCGAACACAUUUGGGCAACAUUUGCUUGAAUUGGCAGCAGAAAAACUACUUUUCCAGAAUGUAACUCUCGGAACACGUGUUAGGGAAGGGCAACGUUCAAAUUGCCUCGAUCUGGUGCUCACUCGAGAUGAGGAGAGUGUGCUGGAUAUACAAGAUCUCCCGCCAAUGGGUGCUAGUGAUCAUAUUGUGAUGCUCUUCGAGUAUUCCAUGUUCUCCCAGCCUAAUUCACCUGAACAAUUACAGGCAAAUAUCUGGAAGGGGGAUUUUUCUAGCAUGCGAACGCAAGCCUCAGCAAUACCGUGGACAACCACAUUACAAGGAACAGUUAAUGACUAUUGGAGCACGUUCAGCUCACUGGUCAAAAGAAUCGUUGAUCUGAACUGUCCACUCAGACGAAAGAAAACUAGCAACCGUCCGCCGUGGAUAAACCGGAAACUUCAAACCGCGUUUAAGAGGAGAAAUAAAGUGUGGAGACUCUAUCGACAAACAGAAAGUCCUGAAGACCUGACGGAAUACAAGCGACAGCGGAAUGCGUGCAAACGCGAGGCUCAUAGACUUCGAAGCAACUAUGAACUGUGCAUAUUACAAAAUUCCUUGGAGCAUCCUAAAAUCCUCUAUAGUUACAUACGUAAGGGACAGAGCAAUCGUGAACCGAUUCCAGCGCUAAGAUCCCAAAACGGAGUAAUUGAGACGGAUGACCACCUGAAAGCAUCAGCCUUCUCCAAUUUCUUUCAGUCGGUAUUCACUCAUGACACAAACCCUCCUGCCAUGCCAUAUGUAGACCAACGACAAUAUCCCUCCUGUCCUGCAUUGGAAGACAAUCUUUUCUUCUCACCUACGUUGAUAAGGACCGAACUACGCCGGCUGAAACCUGCCAAAUCACCUGGUCCAGAUGGAAUUCAUCCACUUGUCCUCCGAGAAUUAGCUGAUGUACUCUGUGAGCCGGUGUCCAUGAUAUUUCGGAAGUCCAUGGAAGAAGGCGAACUGCCGGAGGAGUGGAAAACGGCCCAUAUUUCUCCAAUCUAUAAAGGAGGAUCCAGACUGGAACCCGAAAACUACCGUCCUAUUAGUUUAACCUGCAUUCUAUGCAAGGUAAUGGAACGACUUAUUAAAGGGCAUUUAAUGUCGUAUCUGGAGCAGAGGGACCUGUUAUGUGCUGCUCAGCACGGAUUUCGUCGUGGUCACUCCUGUCUUACAAGCAGCCUUUACUCUCAGGAAAAGUGGACAACAGCCACAGACCAGGGCCGUCCAGUGGACGUCAUCUUCUUUGACUUUAAGAAGGCGUUUGAUAUCGUUCCUCAUGGACGACUGCUACAGAAGAUUUGGGAGUGUGGAAUACAGGGCAGCAUUUUUAAUUGGAUUAAAAGUUUCCUGUCAUGCAGGCUCCAAAAAGUCAUCGUUGGUGCCACUACAUCCGAAUGGGUGCCAGUAAAAAGCGGCGUUCCGCAGGGCUCAGUCUUGGGUCCUCUCCUCUUCCUUAUCUAUAUAAAUGACUGUCCUGCAGACCUUGAAUGCGAUGGCAUCAUGUUUGCGGAUGAUAUAAAGAUCUGGAAAACAAUCAGCUGCGUUGAAGAUGCGCAAAAGCUACAGGAAGAUGUUAAUAAGCUGGCUGCGUGGUCCAGCAAGUGGCUCCUAGCGUUCAACGUAUUCAAGUGUGUAGUCUUGCGACUAGAAUCUGGACGGAGGCGCUUCCAAAAACAUCAGUACAUCAUAAAUGGGGUUCCACUAAAUGAAGUGGACACGCACAAAGACCUAGGUGUCUGGACAUGCUCAAACUUGCUGCCCUCUCAGCACUGCAAAAGAGUCGUCCAAAAGGCAACCAGCACCAUGCACUGGAUUAGGCGUGCCUUCAAAAUCUUUCCUCCAGAACUCUUCUCACAGAUAUUCGGCACAUUCGUCAGACCGCACUUGGAAUACGGAAUGCCAUCAUGGAUGCCCUGGAUGAAGAAAGACAGUGAUGCCAUAGAGCAGGUGCAACGACGGGCCACAAAACUGGUGGACGGUCUCAGGACUCUGUCAUACCCAGAAAGACUGAUCCAGUUAAAUUUGUUCCCCCUAUCCUAUAGAAGAAUGAGGUGUGACCUAUUAUGGACAUUCCGCAUUAUCCACGGACAGGAAUGUUCGCUCAAAACUGACGACUGUUUUGAAUUCACGACCACGAGUCACCUGCGCGGUCACCCUUACAAAGUCAAGCGGGAGCGUACACGCCUAGACAAUCGGAAGUUUUCCUUCAGCCAGCGUGUUGUUCGGCCAUGGAACUCACUCCCAAGUGAAAUAGUGACAUCUGAUACAAUCGCUGUAUUCAAAAGGCAGCUGGAUCGUUUGAUAUUUGAUAAACGACGACUUUCACAACAGGACUACCUGCGGCCAGCCAUAAAUUUCAUUUCUUGAUUUCAUCCCUACUUAACACACCCCUGACUCUUAAUGAGAUGCCCCCUCUCAAACUAUGCAAAUGACUGCACUUUAUGCUGAUUGUAUAUAACUGCACUUAAAAUUUCAUGUGUACACUGAGAAGACCGCCUGCCGCACCCUUAGCAGUCCCGCACUGUGAAAGUUUCCCGUGAACAAAUAUAUUACUGACAAAAUUUUAGUAAGAUGUACAUUUAAAAUUUAUAUUUUAUGUACCGUUUUCAAUAGGGUCAUCAAGGGCAUUGCCUAUUACCCUAAAAAAUACAAUACAAAAAUACAAUACAAUACAAAAAAACAAACGAAAAUACGCCAUUCACGCGGCUGCUGAUGGCUGUAACUAUUAGGGGAGUGGUCCCUGGUAAGAUGUGGUUUGGUAGCCCCACCUGAUGGAUACAAUACUGUUAGGGUUAAGGGUUAGGAUUAGGGGUUAUGUUGGGGUUAGGGUUAGGGGUUAGCGCAACUAUUUCUCAACCAUUCAAAGUACAACCGCACCUUCCCAAUAACUUUUCUUUUGCAUGUAACUGCUUGACCUCGUCGCCUGUGCGUUCCCCGGCCCCACCUGUAAAAACCCCUAUUACCACCAGUGUCGUAUUAGAGGUGACUGGGGUUUGUUUACUUCAGCUGGGGCAGGUAGAGUUGUGGAACCAUCGAUCUCCCGCCAAACUGGCCCGCUUUGGGUGGCAUUCAGUGCAAAAGUGCGAUGGUUUGCCUCGGAAGGCAUGAAGGCAUCAAAUAAUAUGUGCCUGUCAGUAAACAUUUAGGUGCCAUACGGCGGACCCCAUUCAACGGGACAAUCAAUCUGACACAAGUGUCUUGCCGCCUGACAGGAAGCGAACGGCGUCGAUGUGAAAUUAUCGCAGACACAGAAGGUGGGUUAACUCAUGAAAUGUCGGUCGAAAUUUCGAAAUGCGUUCUCUUUACGAAAAGAUUAAUUAAAUUUGGUUGCAAAAUUAAUCACCAUCCAGCAUAAUUCUAUAAUGAUCUAGUUACCUCAGGGUAUCUUCUUUUGAAUGAACUUAUUUCCGACAGCACGCAAGAACUAUACUCUGCGAAAAAUGGCUACUUAGGUAGCAUGCAAUUUUCUCAUUGAUUUUCGAUGCUCUCAAAAGUUAGCUUCAAUUAUAUUUCAUGAAAAAACGCAUAAGCAUAUUCAUUCUUUUAUCUAUUCGGUAGGAAAUUACGUCUUCUUUCAAUUUUAUACUCGAAACAGGAGUAUAAUUCGAUUUCAAAAAAUUUCCUAAUCGUGAGACUUUUCAAUACCGUGAAAUGACUGUUUAUAAAACGUCAUGUAUCUGCAUUUGCCAAUGUGGCUUGUAAAGUUAACAAUAUUGUUCAAAUCCACUGCUAAUUUUAUGAACCCCAUAUGGUCUCCUCUUAAUACCGUAGAGAAAUAUAUGGUUUUCCGUACACGGAAAAUAUACGGCUUGUAGUUUUGAAACCCUGAACGCCAGUAUAACAGCUGGUCGGGUUCAAAAUUAUUCGGGAAUUAGAAAAGUUUUUAAAACCGAGUUAUACUCUUCUUUCGAGUAGAAAAUCGGAGGGCGUGAUUUUCUACCAAUAAGCAAAAUAAUGAAUAUUUUUAUGCAUGUUUUCCAUGGAAUAUAAUUGAAUUUUUGAGGGCAUCGAAAAUCAAUGAGAAAAUUGCAUUCUAAUUAAGUAACCUUUUUUGAAGACUAUAGUUCUUGCAUGUAACCAGAAGAAAGUCCAUUCGAAAGCCGACACCCUGAGGUAACUGGAUCAUUAUAGAAUUAGGUUGUAGGCUGACUAGUUUUACAACCCUACUUACUUAAUCUUCUCGAAUCGAAAAUGCAUUUCGAAAUUUCGGUUGACAUUUCAUGAGUUAGACCACCUACUGUAGGCUGGGCCGCGAGUGAGACCCUGGCUACCACGACCUUCAGGCCCGGAUCCUAAUGGAAAGAGAAGGCGUACGCCAGUGGGAAGGAUGAUGUAUUCUGUACAGGAUAACUGGAGAAGGAGUUUGCAGCCGGUGGGCGACGUCCCCAGUGUGUCUGGGAAUGCGUCAGUCCUAGGCCAGAACACUUCUGACUCGGCCAUGAAUCUGAUUGGCCAGUUGGGGAACCGAGUGCACGAAUGCCAUACAGCCCUGGUGCUCACGUGCAGACAUUCGCGAGGUGCCUAGUGUUGAGACAGGCGCUGGGAGUAGGGCUACAACAGGUCCGAAUUGCUACAUAAAGACAAGCAUGUAGCGCAAAUGCACUUUUUCACUUUUUUGUGUGACAAAGAACAACAUCUGUUCCUAACCUAAAAAUCUCCUCUUGCCACUGUUCCCUUUUUACAGGUGGCGUCGACACCUUAAUAUUAUGAUAUCAAGGUCACCCUAAAAUAGUAAUAUUUCAGGGGAAACACAUCUAUUUCCGGGAGCCAACUGUCUCAGCCAGGUGGAAUUGGCAGUCUGUCUGCACAAACGGUGAUAAAUUGGCAGAGUUUAUGCAUGCCUCUAAAAUGUCCAAUCUAGUACGGCGCAGGGAGUAGAAAAGUCUCCCUGAACCGAAACUGGUUGAAUUAUCUACUGGCAAAAGGCACAUUCCGACUCUCACGCGGCUUCUCGGCAUAUACACGAGGCUGCGGUGCCGGCGUGUGAUGAGACAAAAAACCGACACGAGGUGGCUCCGCCCAGUUUCGAACUGGGGACCUUCUGCGUGUUAGGCAGACGUGAUAACCACUACACCACGGAACCACGCUCUCGCCGUCUUUCAAAUGCUUCCUUAACCUACAACGUCUCGCGCCACCUGCUGCAGGAAGACCGCUUAAGCGCGAUUUACUUUUAUCAACGUUUGCCGUUUGGAGAGGCAGAUGGUGCCGAGAUCCUCGAUACUGGCGAAUACUCCAGUACCAGAAGAGAUGAAUGACUGAGCCGAAGUUGCAGCUGGCAGAUUUUCAUUCAGUUUUAAACGGCUUUCAGACUGUCAUGGGCCGCCUCCCAGUAUCUUCCUAUGUUCCGUUAUGGUUCUAACCUACUGGGCGUUUCCUCCCAGACAACUCUCCUUCAACUUGAACAGUCGCAGAAGGGCAAGUAGACACACGGGAUUAAAUAACCUUGUUUAAAAUCAUAGGAUAGCUUCGCAAAUGCCGCUAUAAAUGGACGAUUACCCACGACGGCUGCGUGCGAGAGGACAGCUUGUUUAGUUGAUUUUUUAACUUCCACAUAAAACGGUUGACGACAGCCGACUGGUUGCCAGUAAACGUGGGUAAUGUGUGAAUAACCCCGGUCCCUUGCUCCUGUGUCCAUAAGGCAUUUCUAUCUAGUAAAUCGAAUGAAUAGUGCUCAGGCUGGACAAAAAAACGUCCCAGAAAGUGAAGAGCAGAUUUUAAAUCGCAGUUGAGGAAUUUCUGUCUGCCUUUAUUCAUUUAUAGAACAUUCUCACCAUGUACGGUCUAGAAAUUAAAAGAUACGAACAACUUACGCAACAAUAACCCAGUGAUACAGCUAGUCUCUGCUGUCUACCCGAGUUUGCCUUCAAGUAAUUAUCGACACCGGCACCGAUAACCAGUAAAGCGGACUGGGCAAAAUUUCAGUUCAGUUCACUUUCACUAAGGGAAAGAUAGACGGGCGCUUUUCAGCGAACUAUUGGUUACAAAUUGUGUGAGAAAAAACACCGAUAAGUGAAAAGUUGAUUGUUUACAUAAUUGCACGCGAAAAGGCCAAACAUGAACGCCUACUUGCUCAUUGCAAGUAGUAUAUACACAUGUAAUUUGUGUGGCUGGUCAUGUGAGUAUCUGUGUGACUGGUAAUUUGAAAGCUUGAUACGUGUCAAGUCUACAAUUGAGUGAAUCCACACAGGAGAGUACAACACCACUAGACAGGGCGUUCCACACCGCAACCACUCUGUUACUGGGACAAAAUCUUUGUCCAUUGACCCUUGCUUUACCUAAGCGCGCAACGUGGGCGUAUUUCUUUGAGUGAAAAAAUCACUGGUUGGACAAGAUUUCAGUUCAGUUCACUUUUACUAAGAGAAAUAUAGGCGGGCGCCUUUGAACGCGUUCCUACUCGAGCGAUUUGUUUAUUGGGAAGAUCAUUUGGAAUAUCGGGAGAGACCGGUACGCCAUCCAUGUAGAACUGAAAUUGAGGUUGUGGCAUAAUCCCAGAACAACUAUUAUUGUAACUUUAUUCUAAUGAUGGAUCCUGUCCGAUCACGUGAAGGGUGCCGCAAAAUGACUACAAGACAUGAUUUACAUCUUGCCAAAUGCACUGGUCUAAAAGAUCCACCCGCACCCUCUCCAUUCAUAGAUGCACAUUGUCGCCUACUCUUCCAUGUAUACCGGAUCCUCCACCGCGCCUUCGGCUCCGGGUGGUCUGGCCGUAAUUGGCGUCUUUUUCCAACUGACCACUGAUCAAUCCAACUCCAGUCUAUCAAAAAUGGGCGAUCUCUUAUCCUUGAUCAACCGGCUCAGAACGUCAGGUUCAGAAACCGAGAUGCAGCCGUUCGAUCCGAGGGUUGUGUUACCAAAAAGCAGGGAUCAGUUCUUCCGCUACUACGGUUCUCUCACUACACCACCAUGCACAGAAAACGUCCAGUGGACGGUCAUGAGGGAUCCCCUCUACGUAACCACUGCAGAGGUAAUCUUCCAUCCAGUUUUCCCUCUGCUUAUAUUCACAUUUUGCUUAAAUAAUGCUAAAUUGCAAGUUGAAGUUGGGUCGUGGUGGUGUCAGCAAAAGCGUCAACCUUUGUGCAGAGAGAGAAAGUGUGUUCUGGACUCCCUGGCUUUUCACGGAAGUAUAACGAGCUUGCAUAUGUUAAGAAAACUCUGAAGUAGCAGUGUUGGGGGGUUUAUAGUGUGGCAAUAUAACUUCUAAUUCAAGAGUCUGUACAGUUCUCUAACACAUGUUCAUCGUAGUGGAAAAUUCGGUUGGUUACUUUGAAGAAGCCUGUCAACAUUGGCUGACAAGGAUGCCCGAGCACAAACGGGCGAUGAGGUGGUCGCCCAGGUUGGCCGUGAGGCCAAGGUCCGUGUAGUGAAGGGCAUGGGUAAGCUGAGGGACAACUCGGCGGCUGGAGAUCAGACAUGAUGUCAGGCGUCAACCCCCAACUGACGUUUGGAGGCAAGUAGUUUGUUACGGAUACAAAUUUUUAACUCUUAGGUUGUGAGGUCUAGCAGCUGAUUAUUUUGUGCGCAACCAGGGAAUAUCGAGUCUAAGUAAGUAAGCACACAACGGAGACAUAAUGCACCACAUUAAAUCAUGCUCCCCACACAGAAGUUGCCUACGGGUGUUGGGUUCAUAACGUACCCUAUUCGUCUUGACGUUCUCAAGAUGGAAUAUCACAGUGGAAAUUUCCUUAACAUAAUCCCCGCAGCAGAGUGGUUAGAAUUAUACUGCUCAUUUUCUGACUAUGAGGGAUCACUUAUCCCGAGUAUAUCUGUCAUUCUGACCGAAUUUCCUUCUUUGAACAAACGGUUGCGUUACUGUGAACCCUCUGAGAUAAUAAUACUAACCAGCAAUACCUAAAUCAGUGUUGUUAUACUCCCUUAAAUCAUAGCUGGACCUGCUGCGAUCCCUUCAGUUUGGAAGCUCUGAUGACAGAAAGCCGAUGCAAGACAAUUUUCGCCCGGUGCAAAUGCUCAAUCCAAUAGGCACAGCACAACCACGAGUGCUGUACAAAUCCUGGUCUGCGGCUUCACGUCCCGUUGCAGCCUCUCUCUCCGUAUUCGCCCUUUGUUUAGCUCUCUUCAUGAUUUCCGUCUAA